UUUCUUUUUCAUUUUUUAAAGUUUUUAGAAUUCAAGAAAAUAUUUUUAUGGCGCAUCCAGAAGCUAUUCCCUCACAAACUGGAGGACUCGAAGGGUCACGUAUGGAGCCGGGAUGCUUUGCGGGGAAAUCUAUGGCUGUUUUUACAAGUGGUGGUGAUUCUUCAGGCAUGAACAGUGCUGUUCGAUCUGUUGUUAGAACAGGGCUCUAUUUUGGAUGUCGUGUUUUCUUCAUUAAAGAAGGGUAUGAUGGAAUGGUUAAAGGCGGUGAUAAUAUUCUUGAAGCCAAUUGGAAUUCCGUGUCUGACAUAAUCCAGUGGGGUGGCACAAUUAUUGGUUCUGCUCGUUGCAAGGAGUUUAGAGAACGUCCCGGACGAAGAAUUUCUUGCAAGAAUUUGAUAGCUAAAGGUAUUACUCAUUUGGUCUGUAUUGGUGGAGAUGGAUCUCUGACAGGGGCCAAUACUUUUCGUCAGGAAUGGCCAUCACUGGUUAAAGAGCUUUUGGAUGCGAAGGAAAUAACUGAAGAACAAUCGAAAAAUUGUGCUAACAUUCAGAUCGUUGGUUUGGUUGGUUCUAUUGACAACGAUUUUUGUGGUACAGACAUGACUAUUGGAACGGAUACUGCUCUUCAACGAAUUGUUGAGGCUAUUGACUCUGUCGUCUCAACUGCUCAAAGUCAUCAACGUGCUUUUGUUAUUGAAGUUAUGGGACGCCAUUGUGGCUAUUUGGCAUUGGUUGCUUCUUUGGCAAGUGAAGCUGACUUUUGCUUUAUCCCUGAAUGGCCACAACCUGUUCUUUGCAAAAAAUUGGAAAAUUCGCGUGAACUGAAUCAACGUUUAAACAUUAUGAUUGUUGCUGAGGGAGCUAUAGAUCGUGAAGGAACACCGAUAUCUAGUGAAAAACGAGGUGGAAGUCCGUCGACCUUCGAUCGUCUUCUUGGAUGUCGGAUGGGCGCAGAAGCAACUUUGGCAUUAAUGCAAAUGACGCCAGAAUCGGAACCUUCGGUAAUUUCUACUGAUAGCAAUCAAAUGGUUCGUGUUCCCUUAAUGGAAUGUGUUCGUCGUACUCAGGAUGUUUCUAUGGAUGCUAAAAACUUUGAAAAAGCUGUUCACCUUCGAGGACAAAGUUUCCAACGUAACUUGAAUACUUAUCGUUUGCUCACAAAAUUGCAUACACCAAAAGAGAAAGAUAAUUUGUCUGGAGGAGUCAGUUAUAAUGUUGCUGUUAUGAAUGUUGGUGCUCCUGCUGGAGGAAUGAAUGCCGCAGUCCGUGCUUUUGUUCGAAUGGCUCUAUAUCAUCGCUGUAAAGUUUUUGGAAUCAAUAAUGCAUUUGAAGGUUUGGCAGAGGGUAAAAUAGAAGAGCUUGAUUGGGAGGCAGUUGCUGGUUGGGGUCGAGUAGGUGGAUCUAAACUCGGAACACAAAAACAGUUGCCAACAAAAUAUAUGGAUCAGAUUGCUGUCCAGUUAAAGAAAUAUCAAAUUCAAGCGUUGCUGAUUGUUGGUGGAUUCGAGGCUUUUCAUUCUGCUUUGAUUCUGUCCCGUAACAAAGAACAAUAUCCAGAAUUUGCUAUUCCGAUUUGUGUCGUUCCUUGUACAAUAAGUAACAACGUUCCUGGUACUUCUCUUUCUCUCGGAUCUGAUACAGCACUUAAUGAGAUCUGCCGUCUAGUUGAUAAUAUUAAACAAUCGGCAAAUGGAACUAAACGUCGAGUUUUUAUCAUUGAAACAAUGGGUGGUCAUUGUGGUUAUUUGGCAACAUUUGCAGCAUUGGCUACAGGGGCUGAUAAUGCUUAUAUUUUUGAAGAACGUUUUACUGCUGACGAUAUAAAGGAGGACGUAAAAGUAAUUGCAGAAAAGAUGAAGACUGGUGUACAGCGUUACUUGAUUGUUCAAAGUGAAGGAGGUAGGCCAACUCCUUUUGAUCGUAACUUGGGCGCUAAAUUUGGAAUUCGUGCGUUGGAGCAUUUGUUAGAGCUGCUCAAUCUUAAAAGAAAGGGAGAUACUAAAACAGAUUGUUGCGGAUUGUUAGGGCUUGUUGAUCGUGCUUUACUCUUUACACCUGUAGAGGAGUUGGCAGCAAAUACUGACUUUGAUAAUCGACUUCCAAAGCAUCAAUGGUGGCUUAAGGUUCGACCACUCCUUCGCAUUCUCGCAAAACAUCAAGCAUCAUAUGAACAGACAGCGAAAGACUUAGAGCUUGAAGAAUCUGAUAGUGAUGAGAAAGAAGAAUAG